AUGUGCUGGAACAUCGAGUUUUCAUUGGCGUCGGCCGUGCUCGGGUGGGCAGCCUGCCUGUACCUGUGGCAGCGCGGUUACUCCGUCCGCGACCGGUGGUACGCGAAGUACCUCUCCACGUUCACCCUGACACAGCUCGUGGACAUCUUCUUCUGGUGGGCGCACGAGCACUCCCAGCAGCAGCUGGGGCCUGGGCGCGGCGGGCUCCGCGCCUGCCCUGAGCUCAAGGAGCAGUUCUCGAUGCGGCUGCCCCCGCUCUCGGAGUCCGGACAGCAGCCACAGUACCUCGUCUCGAAGUUCUUGAUGCAGUAG